AUGGUAACAAUCCUACAAGCGACACACAGCAAUUNGCGGCUGGAGGCGGCGCUGGCGGCGCUGCAGGAGCAGCUGGACCGCUUGAGACGCCAGGACGUCGGCCUGCAGACGCACCUGGAUCAGCUGGACCGGCAGAUCAGCGCGCUGCAGCUGGACGUGCGCAGGGGCCCUGGCGAGGCUGCGGACAGCGACAGCAGGCCCAGCUCGGGCUUCUACGAGCUGAGCGACGGCGGCUCCUGCUCCCUGUCCACCUCCUGCACGUCCGUGUGCAGCGACCACGUGUCCUGCUCCCUGGGCACCUUGCUGCCCGCCGCCCCCAAGGCCAGGCCUGGCUCGGGAGACUGCCGGCCCCGCUCGGCGGAUGAGACCGCCGUGUGUGGGGUCCCCCUGCCUGCGUGGGGGCCCCCGGCCGGCGAGGAGGGGCCAGGCCAGCUACUGCAGGAGGAGCCCCGGCCGCGGCCGGUGUCCACAGGUGACCUUGAAAGGAUCCUACCGGCCGACGUGGGGCUGCAGAAAGCCGGGGCACACCCCGCGGCCGCUCCCUUCCUCUGCCACGGUGUGGACCCCAAGUACCAGUGCGACCUGGUGUCCCGGGGCGGCCGGGAGGUGUACCCGUACCCCAGCCCGCUGCACGCCGUGGCCCUGCAGAGCCCGCUGUUCGCUCUGACUAGGGAGACGCCGCAGCGAGGGCCGUGUUGCCCCAGCUCCGUCCGCUCCGGGCUGGCCUUCGAGGCUGGCCCCGCUGCAGCCUACAUUGAGCGGCUGCUGCGGCUGCGGGCCCGAGGGAGUGAGCGGGGGCCCCCCAGAGGGGAGGCGUCCCCAGCCCCGCCGCAGCUCGGUGCCCGGAAGGUGGACGAUGAAGAUGGCCUGGAGAAGCCGGCCUGCACCCCCGGGAGGGUAGUGGUGAGCGGGGCUGCCUGCGGGGACAGCCUCGCCCGGCCGCCACCUGUGCCCUCUGUGGGCACCCCACGCCCCAGCAGCCAUCCCAAGGGGGGACCUGGCCCCUUGUGUGGGCACAUGCGCGGGGAGACCCGUCCAGACGCCCCCCAGCUGGCCUGUGGCCGGGCCCCCGCUCCCCGCUGCCCCGCUCAGCCAACAGCGCUUGCUGGCUGGACGGGCGGAGGCAGGUGGCCGAGCGGGCGAGUGGACGGACGCUGCGCCCACCCCCACCUGGUUGCCAGCGGAGCUUCCCCCACAGGACCCCCCAAGACCAGGCCUGUGACGGUCAGGAGGGGGCCCAGCGACAAGAUGCAGGGGCCUGGGAGGCCGCAGCUGCAGUGGGGCGCCCUCGGGGUCCCCCGGCCGCCCCCAGAGUCAGGGGGUGCUCCCCAGAGGCCCACGCUGGCCGCAGAGGCGCCCGGCCGGUCCUGCUCCGAAUCCAGCCUCUACCCCGUGUCCUUCUUUGUGCCCCUGCUGGUGGCGCGGCGGGAGGGUCACCGGGCGUCGGCUCAGGCCUUGUUCCCCUGGGAAGCUGCGCCGCUGGGGGCUUCCGGGGGUGCGGCGCGGAAGAGGCAGCGCCGGUGGCAGUCCUCGGUGGAGAUCUCGGCCCGGGCACGCCCAGACCCCGGCCUGGUGCCCCGCAGGCCCGCAGCCCGGAGAGGGGGCAUCCCGAAGCCCGUUUUUGCCAGGCCCAGGCCCCCGCCGCCCCCGCAGGACACCGGCGCCCGCAGCGCGUCGGAGGGCUCCGAAAGCUCGGCCGAGUGCGCCUCGCUGCUCCUCUCCACCGCAGCCGAAAGCAGCUGGGAUGAGGCCAGCGACCACACCGCCAGCCGCUUCGGGGACGCCGAAUCCAGCGGCAGCGACUCGGGGGGCGGCGGGCGGCCGGGCCAGCGGGCCCGCGCCAGCUCCAAGCCAGCCCUGCCCCCAGUGCCCAGGCUGUGCCGCGUCAAGGCCUCCAAGGCCCUCAAGAGGAAGAUCCGCAGGUUCCAGCCGGCCGCCCUGAAGGUCAUGACCAUGGUGUGAGGGUCGGCCCGCCGGCAGAGGGGCCUCUCGGCUUAGGACCCGCCCAGCCUCUCUCACUCGCGUUUGGGGUGCGGGCUGCCAUCUGACAGCUCUGCUUGGUCCCCGAAGCCACCCUUUGACGGGGUCCCCUCAGAGGAGCUGCCGGGGUGUCCCUGGGUGUGUCACCCCGGGUUAGGCUGUGACUCUGGGUGUGUCGCCCACGGGGCCCAGCGGAGACCGUCUCCAGGACCCCGGGAUUGCAGGCCUGACGGCCGGCCUCCCAGGCCCUGUGCCCUGAGCCCGGGAUGGGUGCCCUCGGGCUGGUGCACGUUGGGCGGCAGGCGGUAUCCCCGAUGGCUGCGGUGCGGCUCUAGAAACUGGGCUGGGACAUGAGUCCUUGUCAAACGCUCCAGGUGAAUAAACACCUGAAAUGCCGUUGUCUUCGCAAGUCAGUCUGUCCCUGUAGCCUCCCCGCCCCGGGGACGUAGCUGGUGGUCAGCAAACCCUCGUCCUUCCGACCGUGAGGACGCUCUCUCACCCCGGGGGGAGAACGCGCUUCAUGUGAGUCCACGCCACACUCUUUCCAACACUCAUGUGUUGAGCAUAAAAGUGCUUUUGAA